AUGGAAAAUAUUGCCGUCACAAAAUUCAGGGAAUACCUACGAGUAAACACUGAACAGCCCAAUCCUGACUAUGGUAAAUUUACAGACUAUUUGAAGGUGUUUAUCCUAUCUGAGCUAUUUACUUGUCUUGAAACAUUAUGUGGCUCUAAGCAAAUUCUUCCAGCUGCAUGUCAGAACUUCCUCUUCAACCUGGCUGAUGAACUUGGUAUUCAACGGCGAGCCGUUGAGACUGUGCCAGGCAAACCAUUCAUCAUUAUGACGAUUCCUGGUACUCAACCUCAGCUCAAAUCCCUGAUGCUCUACUCUCACACCGAUGUCGUUCCGACGUUCAAGGAUCAAUGGAAAUACGAUCCCUACUCAGCAUAUAAGGACGAGAACGGUGACAUCUAUGGCCGAGGGACUCAGGACAUGAAGUGUGUUGGAUCGCAAUACUUUGAAGCAAUCCGUCUACAUUUCCAACGAGGCCGAAAAAGAUGGCUACGGACAAUCCACAUCGUCUGGGGGCCAGACGAAGAAAUAGCUGGUCCUGAUGGAAUGGCCACUUUUUGUCAAAUGGACGAGUUCCGUGAGCUGAACGUUGGUUUCGUUCUCGAUGAAGGAAUCGCCAGUGAAAAUGACACGUACAAAGUCUUCUACGGAGAGCGCUGCACCUGGUGGCUAAAAGUUACUUGCCAUGGAUCACCUGGUCACGGAUCGAAGUUCAUUGAGAAUACAGCUGGUGAAAAACUGAAUUAUGUGAUGAACAAAGCGCUAGCGUUUCGUGAAGAACAACGAGCUCACUUGAAGAAUAGCAGUACUUUAACGCUCGGAGAUGUUACAACGCUGAAUUUGACAAUCUUGGAAGGUGGAGUGCAGACGAAUGUCCUGCCAGAGAAGUUUGAAGCCUAUUUCGACAUUCGAAUCACACCCACCGUUGAUUUCGACGAAUUCGAAAAGAUGAUUGCUGGAUGGUGUAGCGGCGCUGGAGAAGGUGUCACCUACGAAUUUCUUCAGAAAGACACCAAUAGAAAUGUGACGCCAACCACAACCGAUGAUUUAUGGUGGAAUGCCUUUGAAAAGUCGCUGAAGGACGAGAAGCUGUCCUACUCCAAUUUCAGGAAAUGUAAAUUCACCAAGGAAAUUUUCACUGCCGCCACGGAUUCGAGAUUUAUUCGAGCGCUUGGUUAUCGAUCCAUCGGUUUUUCUCCAAUCAUUAAUACACCUCAACUGCUUCAUGAUCAUAACGAGUAUCUUAACGAACGUGUCUUUCUUCGUGGGGUCGAAAUAUACGAAACACUGAUUGAAAAUUUAGCCAAUGUACAAGAAUUUGAUGAUUGA